AUGAGUGGUCUAUCAAGUCCUACCUCCCAACGAAAACAAAGUAAUGCUUCAGGUCACAGUGUUGACCUAUCCGAACAAUCACCUAAAGGAGGUUCUAAACGUGAUUAUGACGACGAAGACGAUGGGGAUGAUAGUGAAGCAGAAACCGGAAAAAGUGAAAAAAGAGCUGGUCGACGUAAAAUAAAAAUUGAAUAUAUCGAUGAUAAAAGCAGAC